GCAACCUCUCAGUAGAUCAUGUCCCUGGAGGCAGAGGGGGAUUGCAGCUGGCCAGGAUGUCCCAGGCCUCUAUAUCAUGGCAGCCCUGCAAUCACGGCCAUUGCCAUCUUAAGUGCCUCCUUCCCCCCUGCCUUGCUCCAAGUCCUUGUGAGCUUACAAACCCCUCAGGCAGCCAUGUGCCAACUCCAUUGUAGGCAACGAUGUGGGCAGACCUCAGCCUUGGCGCCAGAAGGGCCAAGCAGCCGAGCAGUGUUCUCUCCACCCCCGCCCCGGCAUCCACAGCAGCCCACUACGCAUGAUGACUCUGUGCCUCUGAGCCACUUGCAGAAGGUGUCCCCCAGGGGGCUGCACAGACUGUGGCAGCUGCGCUCCGGCACUGGCAGGAAACACCUGCAUGUGUGCUGCCUCCCCACUCCCCGCCUGCCUCACUUGCAGCCAGUUGGAGCAGAAGCCCCUGCACUGCGAGGAGCUGCAAUCUGCCCUGGGCAUUUCCUCACAAUGGGGCUGCGGCCGUGGGGAGCAUUGCUCCUGUUGCUGCCAGGCAUUGUGCUGGGCUCCAACCAGAAUGGGGAUCGGGACUCCAUCACUGUGGUCCUCCUGGUCCUCUUCCUACUGCUACUGCUCCUGGUGCUGGCCUUGGCCUGGCACAAGCUGAGCAAGGACUCGGAUGGCAAGUACCACCCCAAGCACCUUUGUCAGCCCUGCCGGGCACUGGCAGCACUGAGGGUGCGCUGGCAGGCAUUGCGAGGGAGGUCUUCCUCCAUGCAAGGCUGGCAGGAGGAGUAUGAUGAUGAUGAGGAGGAGGAAGAGAAGGAGGAAGAGGAAGAGGAACAACAGAAGCUGUGUGACAUGGAGGAAGGCAGAGGAAGGCAGGAGCAGCACAGCCAGGAAGAGGAACAGGAUGAGAAGGAGGAGGAAGAGGACGAGGACAAGGACGCGGACACCAUCCCAGCAUUUCCUGAGACCCCUGAAGGAUCACAGGAGGCCGUGUGUGUCACAGAGGGGGGUAACGCUGAAGCCCUGCUCAGCAACCUGCACUCCUUCUCUGGCACAGCCACCUGGGAAGACAGCCCUGGGGAGGGGGCCAAAAACCAACAUGUCACCGCCCUCUAGGAGCAGCUAAGGAAAGGGCAUGCAUGAACUCUGCCAGGGGAUCCAGGGGUGCUUCUCUGGAGCACCGGAAGUCCGUCCCCACUCCACAACGCUGCCGGCUCUACAGGGCUCUAACAGAUUGCACCCCUCCCUCACCACUCCUCUCUCCAGAGACUCCUUGCUCCCUGCAUCCCCCAAAAGUGUAGCUUGCUCUGCUCAUUUCAGUGCCAGGGAACCCUACCCCCUGCCCUGACUGGCACUGCCUGCAGUCUGUGCAGAGGAAAAUGGUGCAGCCUCGUGGGAUACUGGGGCGGGGGGAGAGGGCAAGGAUCUGCAUACACGGUGGGAUUGGCUGUACAGGCAAUGCGGCUCUGUUGUGGGCACUAAUAAAUGGGUGACACUGCCCACAGUAUGGCAGCCUCUGCCCCUUCAUCUGUAUGGGAAGAAGGUGUGUCAAGGGUUGGGAUUAAAAGGAGGUGGAGAAGCCUGAGUACCCACGCCUUGGUAAGGGAAAAGAACAGGGACCCUGGCCCUGUUGUCACCUCCCUAUCCCAAAGAAAGGUGGGAGCACAGUAUGAGCACAGAAGGGACCUCCUCCAACAACUCACACGCAACACCUAGUAUUGCCAGUGACCCACAACCCACACACCUGAAAUGAAGGGCAGGCCAGACUCCAGCCUGAUCCAGUCUUUAAUUGGCACAGAUACAGCAGCAGCGGCAACAGCAGCAAGGGCCCUGCUACCACACUCAGGGGGCUUGCCAGCCCCAAUAGACAUUUCCCCCAUCCCCCAGCCAGGGCACCCUCCCCACCCAGGGGCAGGCACAAUGUAGCCACCCCUUGAA